UUGUAAACUUCAUCAAUACCCAUUUAUCCUAAUCAAAAUAUAGCUUUCGGGACACCCCAGUAAUUCGUUAAAACAUAAGUCCCCCGGACUGUGGUCGGCAUCUGUCGUCGUUUUCCAAGUUUCAGUAGUCUACUGACCAUCCUUUAUACCUAAUCCUAUUCUUUGCCGAACUUUCAUUCUGAUCUCUUGGUUAUGGAGUACUCGUACUUAGGACAGAAUUCUUUCGAUGCCGGAAAUUGUACCUUACCCGGCAUGGAGAAUCCCCUUGCAGGGUGUAACAUCCCCUGUACCUACGGGGACAGCAACCCUUUCGGUCAAAUGGCUGCCCAGGGAUACCGCUACAACGGGGUGCGGAGUUUCCCGCCAAACCCCAGUAUCAGCUCUGCAAGCUGCAGUAUGGUGCCUCGCCCUAGAGAUCACCCACAGCCGCCUGUUUUCCCAACUGGAACCAGUCCAUGGUUAGGCCAAUCCGAAAGCUUUACCAAGGGACUCUCCUAUAAGAUGUACCAGCAUGAUGCCGGAAUAAGCCCAGAAAAACGCAAACAGCGGCGUAUACGGACAACGUUCACUAGCGCACAACUGAAGGAACUGGAGAAGGCGUUCGCGGAGACCCACUACCCCGACAUUUACACCAGGGAGGAGAUAGCCAUGAAAACAGACCUCACCGAAGCUAGAGUUCAGGUAUGGUUUCAAAAUCGUCGAGCAAAAUUUAGAAAAAUGGAACGAGCGAAGCAGCAGCAACAGAGUCAGUCCAGUUCAUCGGUAAAACAAGAACCCAGCAAUAACAGUGGAGGCAAUAACAGUAACAACAACAAUUCAAGCAGCUCCAACAACAAUAACAACAACACCUGUAAAGACAAGAUCAUAAAAUCAGAGGAAGGUCAAGCAAAAUCUCAACCUGAUGCAACAAAAUGGAAUUCCAGUGUAUCGAGCGGUAAAGUUACGCCAUCUCUCUCCAACCCUUCGUCACUUCCGGGGCCCUAUUCCAGUGUGCUGAAUUCCCAUGGACACGAAUUCCACCAUACCUCUUCACUGGAUAAAAACGUAUCUUUGGCAGGAGGAAUCUUUUAAUUUUUUGCCAUUUUCAAUGUUUGAUAGUAAAAUCAUGUGUGACAUAGGAGAUGCAGCGUGACAAACUUGAGGUAUUUUGGGCUGGAUUUAUUUAUAUAUACAACAACGUCUUCCCUUCGUCACCUCAAGCUGGUUUUCCGAAUGUAUCUCGUCCUCAAAUAAUCUCUCCAGACCGAUUGUUCAGCAUGACUGGGAUUUGAAUGUGUACGUUUCAGCAUAGACAUGUUAUAUGUAACAGUAUUAGAUUUUUUGAAUUUUUUCUUUUUCUUUUUAUUAUAUUUUUAAUACUCCGUACUACAGUAUUAUUACAGUAUUACAUUGAAUUUUGUGAUGUGAAAGAAUCUUGUGACUUUGCAGUAAAAAUUAAAUAUUAAGGUUCCGUUUAAUGUGUUUAUAUACAUAUUAAUUCGAUGAUGUGAAUUGCAUUAGUGGUGGUUGCAUUUGAAACAAUUGUUAAGGAUUCAAUCUUUAACCAGUUCAAACCUCGCUCUUUUCAAUAUCACAAUUUUGAAAUAACAUUUCUAAGAAAUCAUUUGUGCUCACGUUUCUAUCACGUUGUUAUCUGUCAAAUCAAAUGACUUGAUUUCAUUAUAUCAGUUAUGUUUAUUGAAAUAUCCUAAUGUAUAAAAGAAAUUCGAAAUCAUAACUUUCAUUCCUCUUUUAUUUGAUAAUUUUACGCAAUGAUUUGCAAAUUUGAAGUACGCAACGAGACUCUUUCUUCUUAAGCUGUAAAACUGCUUGACAAUAGUUUUAUUGAUCAGUAUUUCUUUUCACAUGAACAAUUUCUUUCUUAAGAGUUGUAUGAAAUUGAAGCUAAACUCAUAAAACAUGAUAAAAUAUGUAAAUGUACGUUUAAUAACUUGCAUCACGAUUUUUAUGAAACAGUCUUUUUUGCUGUACUAUUUCUUUUGAUCUUUUUAAAAUUAUAUAUAUUUAGAUAGGAAUAAUAGCUUUCGAAUACAUCUAAUACAUGUACGCAGUUCUAGCACUAAAGAAAUACAAUUGUAUGGGGCUCUCGCAUCCAUAAUAGCCAGGUUGUAGCGGAAAUGACCAAUUUGCUCUACAGUGUCUCAAAAACAGUUUUCGUCAAAUGAUUCAGAUAAAAUACGCAUCAGUAUUUCACGUCGAUAUAUUUUUUUUGGAAAUCACGCUUGUCCUAUAAGAGUUUAAUCCCUUUGUACCAUAAAUGUCAAUUUUAUUUAAAGCAAAAUGAGCUGUAUUUUUUAGAAUUUUAUUUUGCUUCAAAAACCUGCUAGUAAUGUAUGCUAAGUCUGCAUGUAACUUAAACUUUUAUGAUAAAUAAGAUUUGAAAAAAUUAUUAGUUUUUGAUAGUAGAAAUAUUUCUCUUCUAAGGAAUCUAUAGCAGAUCAGAUUUUGUACAGGACGACAAUAAUUCAUUUUUGCUUCAAUUAAGGCUUCUUUACGGCUUUUAUCACAAAAUAAGGCUAACAGAAAUUUAAAAACCAUGAUAUUUUUGUCAUUUUAGUAGAAAAUAACAUUUUCGUACAAAAAAAAAUUCACCAUGAAAAUUGCAGCUCAUAUUGCUUUAAUUCAUUUUUCUAUUUUACUGGAGAAAGUGAAAUAUUCUAUCUCAUUUUAUUGUAGAAGUCAUGUAAUAAAGUUUUUUUUUCAUCUUUCACCCUAAGAAGCCAAGAUACGAGAUAUUUUCUUCGUCUGAUUUUUCCUUUAUAUCUCAAUAUGUACAGGGGGGCUCGGUGAUGAAUGCAAGGUGAAGCUCCUAUUAUUAGAUGGUGUGAUUAAGAGAUAUCAAAGGACAAAUAUUGAACAUUUAAAUAGUUUCAUAAGAAUGCUCAAAGGGUUAUAAAGAAAUUAUAACAUUUUAGUAGGAGAUAUCAUCUGAUAAAAAAAUCUCACCCUCCACUGGUCCCGCAAUAUAGCUGGAAACACAUAAUUCUUUUUUUACCUCAAUUUUUCUGUUUAUUUUUUUACAUUUUCAUCUUUUACCUUUGAUGUAUAAGAUAAAGAAUGCAAAUAAACAAUCAAAUGGAAAACUUUUGCUAUCAUUUCAUCAUAAAAGACACAUUUCAUCAAUGUGUGAAAAAAAAUAUUAAGUGUAUAUUAAACUUUACAAUUGAAAUUACAAGUUCAAAAGUUAUAAAUUUAACUAAGUCAAUAAAAAUUUGCUUUGAUCUGAAUCAUCUUAACUCUAGUAUUCUUUUACAAAGGUUUGCUUUUAAAGGUAUCAUCAGU